AUGGCUCCUCUUACUCCUUCUUCAACGAAAGGCUCGAACAAAAAGACUAAGUCUAGCGCUAGCAAGAAGCUCAUCGAACAGGCAACUCCGCUCCUCGAACGUCGCCUAUCUAAAGGAAGCAAACCCCGUACAUCUCUUCUGUCUAAUGAAAUCAACCCUCAGGAUCAGAUAUCACAUCAAUCUUCAUUUAAUAACUUAGAAGAUGAAGAAAUGGACUUAACUUCAACUGAACCCAUCAAUUUAAAUCAGAGUACCAUUAUUAAUCCUUCUACUAGUUCGAACGAAACACAAACCACUCUUACAACUGAAAAUCACUCUGAAACUGAAGAAGCCCCUGAUCCUAACGAAUCGAAUCAAUCUAAGGCAGCUCUUGCCAAUCCUGAUCUUGAAAAAGAAGACGAGGAAGACUCAUCAGAUGAAGAUGAACGAAAUGAAGAAACUUUGAAGAAGGUAACGAUUCAGCCUAGUAUUGUAGAUCAUGCUUCAGGUACUGAGAUCAUAGGAGGUCACAUCAUGACUCCUGCUACCUCUGAGAUGCACAUAUCAGCUUAUCCACGGCCAGGUGAACUUGAACUGUUCACCAUCAACCCUCUCCUACAACCUCGUCGACCUGGCUUUGCUCCCACUGCCAACUUACCUUUCGAACUCCAACUUUGGUGGAACUUGUACUCCGAAACGCACGUCUCCGAGGCUGACAUCUCUCUCUGGGCUAUGGUCAAAUUAAUGAAUGAAGGAAAAGGUGCUAACAGUUAUGAAGCUGUCAAAUCAAGUCUAUCAAGUUCAGCUAGUUACCUCUCAACCAUUGUAGGUCCUGGUCAAUCAACCUUUGUUUUAAUUCGAUUCAAGAAUGCUGGAGUCAAAGACACCUUUCGAAAGAACAACCGCCUCGAUCGAGGAGUCUAUGUAACCUUCAAUGGACCAACUCGAGCUAGCUUUCUCAUCUUUAACUUAGAACCUGUUUCGAAAUUAACUCCGGUCAUGAGCAGCUUGUUUGUAGCGAUCACAGGACUUCCCUUUCAUCUUCGUCAUAAAAGUAUUACUGAAGAGUUGUAUAACGGUGUAGGAGCUCAUCAAUCAAACGACAAUCUAAAGCUCACCUUCAUUCGAGAACCCAACUCAUCUCCAACUUAUACCCUCAAUGGGGGUAGGAUCUUCGAGGUACACUUCGAUCGAAGCGCUACAGCUCAUUGGUUCAAUAUCUUAUCUAAAGAUAAAGGUUUUGUUAUGAUAACUCCCUGGAAUCGAAAAGGAGACGAAUACAAGCAUCGUACAGCUAUCACUCACUGGAAGUUCUUACCUACCUGUGCGACGUGUGGAACCUCAUCUCAUGAUGGAUCUCAUAAAGUCAAAUGUCCUUACGGUACCAUUCGAGACGAUCUCUUCCGCUCUGUUGAAGCCUCUUACGGGAAUCGAUCAAGCACUGCUAUAGGGAUUGAACAAAGCUCCCUUGGACCUGGAUCCUCAACUUUCCAACCAAAAAUGGCCAAGGCUAGUAAGUUUACUCGUCAUGAAUGA